AUGCCCAAAGAACAAGCUCGUUUAGUCCGUGGUCCUUACCAAAAACUUUCUGAAUUCAGAAAAGGCAUCAUAAUUGGCCUUUACAAGAGUGGAAUGAUUGUCGCCAAAAUCGCUGUAAUGGAGAAUGUAUCUCGAUACACCAUCACUCGUAUUAUAGACAAAUUCAAGCGAACUGGCUCAGUAGCCGACAAUAAGUCUCCUGGAAGACCAAAGAUAACUACUCAAGAUAAAAAACAACAGCAACAACGACAAUGA